AUGAAGCUCAGGGAUCCGACUCAACCUGGUCAUCUCGAAGGUGCGUAUCUUGCUGAGAAUAUCUUACCUACCCCCGACGUCGAUUUCAUGAUUUGCCUUUCGAUCUACAAAAAUUCGAAAGGAUUUCAAGACCUCUUCUUAUACGAAGCUUGCAUCAGAGAUUUAUUGGGAAGUGCUGUCGAUUUCGGCAGGAUAAAGAUUCUACCCAAGGGAACUGCAUGGGCCCGCGACAACUGGAUCACAAAUAGCAAAUGGAAUGAUGAACGUGAUUUCAUGAUACAUAACUGGAAAACGACACAACUGAAAACCUUCAUCUGGAGACCAGUACCUUACGGCAUUUCUUUAAUUGCAUCGUCAACCAGCGAAUGGUACAAUCCUCUUGCUGGGCCUAUUGUGCUGCGGCUUUGCACAAGGAGGAAUACAACGUGGCACUAUUACGAGGACCUGCUGGCAACUCGCAAAGAAAUCGACAAUCGAUUGAAGGAGUACUCACAAAAUGUCGACGAAGAGCGAGCUCGUGCGACAGCUCGUGUCCAAGAAGUCAGGAGGCGAUGGUUCGCUCAAAGAAUUGAGUCCUAG